AUGACUCGUUGGAUCGGCAUCCCGAGUGAAGAAAGCGGCCGUUUCUCGGUCCAUCCUCGACGUCGAAGGUCAUCGAGUGUAACCGAUGUCCUUCGUUCAAAUUUCCCCCUCCCCAAAGGGCUAUCCCGUGACCCUGCUCCUUUCGUAAGGCAGUUCACCGAAGUGAGGCAACACCGGAGGAUGGGGUUUCGACAGCCAUUGUCUUUUCAGGCGAGCGAACAUCCCAGUUCUGAUAGCCUGUGUCCGAUCGCUGUUCCGAUGGCAGCCAAGGACACCGCUUGGUCAGCAGGUGGUCGGUCACUUUUUCGACACGAGUCUUAUCUCAGAGUAACAGCGUUGCCAAACCCAAGGCAAAAAGAAGACGGGUCAAGGCACACUGGACGCAUCAUAACUGACAUUAGAAGAUGCGAGGAGAGGGAUGGGUGGAUAGAGCAGGCAGAUACCAUCUACUCCUGCGGUACAACCAUCCCCAUUAUCAUAUACAAGUACUUUCCCUGGGACUAUGAGACGGGAAAUGGUAUCUCAGUCCAGGAAGAAGGUUUCUUGAAGAAUCCAGGCCUAGAAGGAGAAGAAGCACAGACUUCCCGAGGUACCUACUCUUACACAGCUCCAGACGGUCAGGUCAUCACUGUCAACUGGUAUGCGGAUGAGACAGGCUUCCACGCAGAAGGAGCUCACAUACCAUCAACGUCUUCCCCUGUCCUAGGACCUCCGGUGACAGUCGGACCUGUUCGUCCAAAACCACCAAUAGAGCAAGGCGAAUCCUUCGAAGCAUUGCCUGUCAGGCCUGCCGCUGAAUUCUUUAGGGGAUAAAAUCAAUGCUUUUUGGAUGUCACUGUUUAAUGCAGUUGAUAGUGGUGUCAACCAAAGUUUUGUAAAAUAAAUAUAUGAAUAUCUAAUGUUUUUAUAUUUGUUUUUUUUUUUUAAUUAUUCUUAUGGAUAUUUGUAUUCAGCAAGUAUUUACUCUGACUUCAAAUGACACAACAAUGCCUUUAUACAUCAUUGAUUGAAAAUUGACCCCCAAAAGCUACUUCCAGUUGGCUUCCAACUACAAUGAAUUUUUCCAGUUUCGUGUGUUCCGUAUACCCUCGACUCUGUCGGAACACUACCAACUACAGGACCUUGUGUGUUUCAGCUUGUCACAUAUAGUGAAACUGCAUGUGUAUGUACCAACAGUUUUUGGUAUCGUCAUGGGCUAACCAUACCUCCCUAGGCCAAUGAAUUUCAUUAUGUCUAUGUCCCAUUACAUACUCUAUGUCACUAUAUUAUUAAAGAUGUAACACUAUUCUUUAUUCAGUGGUGGACCAGGGCAUAUGAUGAACUUGGGCAAUUACAUCAUAGAUACCAGAUAAUCCUUUUAAGUAUGAGCUAUUUUCUUAACUUUUGAAUAUUAUUUUAUGUUUGUAUAUCGUUCAAUUUGACUAUGUUUCAUUUUCU